AUGAGGGCAGAGGGCAUUAUGGAGGGUUUCCUUCAUCAUAUGGCACCGCAGUUUUUGCACCCAGCGUUGCAGAGUUUUGGAUGUGGAGCGUUUAGGCCAAUAGGGGGCGCGUUUCAUCCCCUAUAUCCCGGAAAAGCAUUUGCAAGACAUUUGGGUGAACAGUACGCUCUCGGUCAAAGUGUCGGUCAAGCUCUGAGAAGUGUACGCGACGAUAAUAGUACUCCACCUCUGUAUCGACAUGGCUACGCGGUCCGCGAUGACACGAGCUCGCCUGGCUCGGCCGCGUCCGCUUCACCGCGCCCCUGUAAGGACGAGGAUCCGCCAGCUACUGCCACUUGCUCUGAUUCACAUGAAUUAUUUUCACCCGAUGGGGAACGUAAAUCAGCUUGUGGCGUAUGCGGCGCACGGCUAGGUCCAGGAGUUGCACAGGCUCAUUUCCUGCAGGAGUUACAACAUUUAUAUAGUUUGACAGCAAUACCACGAGAUGCCACUGCUCCUUCACAUUCUUUGCACCAUCAAGAUGAGGAUGCUCGUUGGGAGACUUACCAAAGAAUAAGAGCUAACAGGCAGAGACGAUUAAAGUUGCGUAGUCGCAAGCGCCAUCAUACUGUUGAGAGUAUGUUGGGAUAUGACCUCGAAGAUGAGCGGCGUGAAGAGCGGCCUCGUGAGUCGCGCACUUAUGACGCCGAAGACGAGCCCGUUGACGUAGAAGGCGACUCCCUCGGCUGGCCCGAGGCGGCCAUCAACGUUGAUGAAAAAGAUCAACGCAAUGACGGAGAUAAAAUACACCUCAGCUAUGCUGAGGAUCUGGAAAUAUCGAGCACGAACGAUACGAUGCAGUCGCCUGAGCGCGUGAGGAUUGAAACUCCAAAACCGUUGUCUCUUGAGUGCACCAAAACAGAGAACGUGGAAAGGCCAGCUGAAGUGAGCACAUCGGAAUGGGCCGCCGGGACCGACGCCUGGCCUGCACUCGCCGAUGCCUACGCUCAUGCUCGUCACAAGAUCGACGGCGAAAUGCCUUCUUCCACUGAUUCUCGCAAC